CUCUAAGGUAACUUAAGACUAUGUAUUUAGUAAUAGUCAUUUAGGUUUAAAAACAAAAUGUACAUUAACCAACUAUGGUGAUUGAAAAUAUGAGUUACGAUACAAAAACAGUGACUGGUGGUUCUGUUUGCAAAGCAGUCCUUCAGUAUUGUGCUAAUUCUCAUCCAUUUGAAGAACGUACCCUUUCUCUUGAUCAACCUGUGAAAAUUGGCCGUUUGCUAGCUAAAGCCUGGGUAAGUCCAAAUAAUGGAAUCUUUGACUGCAAAGUUCUAUCAAGGAACCACGCCCUGCUAUGGCAUGAAAAUGGGAAAUUUUUCUUACAAGAUACAAAAAGUAGUAAUGGUACAUUUGUUAACAACCAUCGACUCAGUAAAAGUGGUGAAGAGUCUCAACCUCAAGAAGUAUUCAGUGGAGAUAUAGUUCAAUUUGGUGUUGAUGUAAUCGAAAAUUCUAAAAACAUAUCUCAUGGCUGUAUUACAGCAGUUCUAAAAUUAUAUCAUGCCGACGGAACAGAAGCUGAAUCUAAUCCUGUCGUGAAUUUCAUUAAUGAUGUAUGUACUCAAGAUUUAUAUAAUAUAGAUGCUUAUAUUAGAGAUGCUAUACACAGAGAAGCAAAUUUAGAAAACAAAUUAUUAAAUUUAGAAAGACUAUUAUCAAACAUAAUUGGAGAAACUGAUAAUAGUUGGAAAGCUCUAAUUACUGAAGAUCGUUUACUAUCCAAAAUUGAAUUUUUAGAAAGCCAAUUGCAGUAUUAUAAAAAGGAUUAUGGAGAAGAUGAAAUAAAACAGGAAAUAUGUGAUUUAAAGAAAUACAAAUAUUCUUAUCAAGGGUUGGCCAAGGAUUGUUUAAAAAAAGAAAUGGAAGAAAAAUUAAAAAUGAUGCAAAGGUGUCAAGAAUUAGAAAGUUUGUUAAAACAUUCCACAGUUGAACAAAAUGCGUUGAUGAAACAUCUCAAUAAUGCACAAGAUGAAAUCAAAGAAAUGUGUACUAAGUUUAAUACAGAGCUUGCUAAUCAUGAAAAUAGUGUUAAAGAAUUUGAUGUAUCAAAAGAUUUAUAUGAAACCGAAUUAAAAAAACUGAAAGAAGAAAAAAAUGAACUAGAACUAAGUUUUCAUAGUCGAUGUGAGGAAGUAGAAAGAUUACGAGCUGAAAUAGCUAAAAUGAAUUAUGAAAUUAAUACACGUAAUGUACUUCUUUUAACUUUACAAAAUGAACAUGAGCUUACAGAAGAUAUUUCUCUUAACAAGUAUUUUAAUGAUAUAAUGUCUUAUAUUAUACAUGUAUUACAAGACCGUCAAACUUAUCUAAAUCAAAUUAACUCGUUACAAAGUCAAAUGCAAAAACAUAUUAAACAAAAAGCUGAUAUAGAAAAUCAAGUAUGUCAACUACAGACUGAACUUGAUUUUAACCGAGAACUGUUAGUAAAUUGUAUUAAAAAUAAAAAUGUUAGUGAUAUAGAUAACAUGGAUCCUGAUCAGUUAAAGAUGAUAAUACUAAAUGAAGAUGGAUUGAAAAAUAUUGAAGACUUGUCAAAAGAUCAUGAGAUUCAAUCAGAUUUUUAUAAACAAAAAUGUGAUGAUAUUGAAUUCAAGUUAACUGAAGCUAAAGAUAUACUGCUUGACUGUAUAAAUAAUUUGGAUGAUCAAGAAUCUACCAUAAAACUUCUUAAAAAAGAGCUUUCAUGUAAAGAUAUUGUGUUGUUGUUGAUGUCUAACUAUUUAUGCCAUUUAUCAAAUAUUGAUUCUAACAAUAUAAAUGAUGUGCCUGAUAUACUACAGAAAAAUCUAAACUCUUUCAAUGACUUAAAAAGUAUUGAUACUUCAAUUGAUCUAGAAGUUUUUAAAACAGAAUUUUUAAAUAAUGUACCCCCAGUACAAGAUAAUUAUAUUAUUCAUGAAGUUUUACCAGAUUCUCAAACUAAUGGAUAUUCAGUCCGGGAAAUCAGCUCUGAAACUAUAGAAACUAAAGAAGAUUCCGCCUUAGAUCUAAAAGAAUUAGAACAAAUUCGUAAUGAAUAUGAUAUGUGUUUCAAAGAAAAAAAUGAUCUGAAGUAUGAAUUAGAGCAAACUAUGAUAAGAUGCAAAGAACUUGAACAAACUCCGAAUUUCCAUCUAUUUUUUGCAUUACCAUCUAUAGUAUUAUUUUUAGUAUUAGUUAUUCGAUUUUAUUCUUAUUUGUCCUAUUUAACUGGAACAACGGAAUAAGUGCAAUUAAACAAAUUAUUCAUGUUUGUAUUAUUAUUAGUAACAAUACCAAUAUUGUUUUUAUAAGCUCAGAUAUGUGA